AUUUGUGAGAAACAAACAAAACAAGUCCUUCGUUUAUGAUUCUCUAACUACGAGUGAUUGUCCAUCUCAAUAUCCUUUCUCCAAUGGUUCUACUAUAACUUAUUGAAAUAAUUAUAAAGGUAAAGAUUAAAAAAAAAAAAUGAAUAUGGCUUUGAGCUUUGAAGAGUCGAAUGUGGUGCACGCGUUGCUAACAUCGGAGCAACGGCCAAUAGAUGAAAUCUUGGCGGAAUUCAGCUCGAAACUUGGCCGCCCUCGCUAUUUUGCUGUCUGCAAUUCUCUCUUACUCCUCUUAGAGGAUAGAAGGAUGCUCAAAGCUACUGAACGUUUAAUUGCAUUUGCUAUUCUUCACCAGGCUUAUUCGUCCCUGCCGAAUUCUGUGAACCCAUUCAUAUCUUAUAUUGUUAAUGCAGCAUGUGAUGAUGAGGCUGAAAAAUGUGAGAGGGCAUUUAUUCUUCAGUUGUUAGUCUCUGGAGGCUCUAAUGGUGGCAAAGAGUUUCUUGAACAGUCUGCUGCAAAUUACAUCAAACUCUUUGAUUCUUCGGCUCAUGCUUUUCCACAAUGUGAACAGUUGCAGCAACAAUACUGUGAUGAAGUCCAUUCAGAACCUUAUAAUUGCUUUUUUAAAAAUGCUGCAGUGAAAAAUGUAGUGCCAGAUCCUGAUGUACCCCAAAGCUGUGAUGCAAAUUCGCAAGAGUUUGAUUUGCAACCUGGAGCCAAACCUAAAAUUGGAUCUGGAGAUCGAGACGAGACUCUCACUGAGUUGUUGGCACACUUGUCACUAGAGGGAUUAGGUCCUCAGUGGAUCAGGCCUCGUCCACCAAUGUUGCCAAUACAAGAUGGUGAGCUAGUGUGGAUCAAUCCUGACAACAAUCAUGAGCUUAUGUGGGAUCAUGGUAUGUGUGCGGAUACAAGCAGGGGUGCAGCCGUAAGGGACUUGAUUACAAAAGCUUUGAAGGGACCACUGGCUCCUGCACAGCAAGAGCAAGUCUUGGUGGAGUUGGCAAAUGACCCGAAGCUUGUAUAUCACUGUGGAUUGACGCCAAGGAAGUUGCCUGAACUCGUGGAGAACAAUCCCCUAAUUGCAGUUGAUGUUCUUACUAAGUUGAUAAAUUCUCCUGAAAUUGCCGACUAUUUUACGGUACUUGUUAAUAUGGACAUGAGUCUGCAUUCAAUGGAAGUCGUUAACAGGCUUACAACAGCAGUUGAACUUCCAAAGGAAUUUGUACGCAUGUACAUAACGAAUUGUAUUUCAUCCUGUGAAAAUAUUAAGGAUAAAUACAUGCAGAACAGGCUUGUCAGACUUGUUUGUGUUUUCCUGCAGAGUUUGAUUCGGAAUAGAAUUAUUGAUGUUAAGGAUCUCUUCAUUGAAGUCCAAGCCUUUUGUAUCGAGUUUUCACGAAUUAGGGAAGCAGCUGGCUUGUUUAGGCUUCUGAAAACCUUGGAGUGAAUGGUCCUUUUCACCCUUUUUUUUUUUUUUUUUAAACUUUGUUUCUCUUGCUCCAGGCGGUUGUUUUGCUUUCUUUUUCAUUUUGGACGACCUAAUAUUCUUUUACCCUGAUAGAUGAUGAGUCAUUUGGAGUGCUGGUAAGAACCUUUGCCUGUUUCUUUCUGGAAAGAAAUGGAAACAGAAAAAUAUAUAAUACGAAGUUGUACCUUAGAUGUCUUAUUUUAA